AUGGAACAAAAGACGGUAUUUUUCAAUGGAUUUCCUUCCAAAAAGGUUGUUCAAGUCCAUUUGAAUGCUUAUUCAACCUUAGAACAGGCAUUGGUUCAAGCUUUUGGCAAAGAAGCUGAACGUCUUCUGAGUUCAUUUUAUUUGACACAUGAAAGCCGAAUUGUUUCCCCCUCUACCUCGAUAUGUAGUUUGGAAGCGAAUGUUUCAAAGCCAGACGUAAAUCUCUAUCUUCAAGGUCGACUAUUAGGAGGCAAAGGUGGAUUUGGUAGCCAGCUACGAGCUGCCGGUGGUCGGAUGUCAAAAAAGCGCAAUGAGCAAGAAAAUCAAGAUUCUUGCAGAGAUUUGGAUGGUAAUCGUCUUGGAACCGUUCGUGAGGCGAAAGAAUUGUCUGAGUAUUUAGCCAAGAAACCCUCAGAAAGUCGAGCUAGAAAGGAAGAGAAAAAACAAAAGUUAAAAAAGCUUCUUUCUACAGAACAAAAUGUUUCCCGGUUCGAUGACCAUGAAUUUUUGGAAGAUUUAGAGAAAUCUGUAUCUGAGACACGCAAUGCUUUUCAGUCUUCUUUGGCUCAUCGUCGUGGUUCUUCUUCGGCUGUCUCUUUUUCCUCUUCAGAUCAAAGUGUUUUGAAUGAGACCGAGUCAUCUUCUUCCAACAAGGGAAAAGAGUCUUUGAAAGAAGGCGUGCAAUCUCACGAUCCCUGGCUUCAACGUAUGGAAACGAAUGCCUCUGAAGAAGAUGACAAUGAAGAUGUACAAGUCAAAGCACUGGAUGGUUGGGAUGAUGAAUUUGUAUAA